AUGGAUAAAAAAGAAGAUCAACAGGAAGACUUAACUAAGGUUAAGGCGACUAGUAAUCGUCCUAGCACAUUAGCUCUGAAUCAAACUACUGCUGCUACUACUACUACUACUACUGCUGAUAUAUACCAAUUUUACAAUAUUGAUAAUAUUAGUUUGACGCCGUCACCAUUGCCUAAUCAACCAAUUACAUUCCAAAAAUGGUCCGUGAUUGACCGUGCCACCUACGAACGUGUCUAUGCUAGUGUGUAUGGACAUCCACCAAUACCCACACCCGAACAAGAAAAAUUCGAAAAAAAUAUGGUGCUAUUAAUGGAAGCAGAAGCACAACAAGAAGAAAAACAAGAAAAAGAUGAUAAUGAAAAUGGUGGACAAAGUUUAAAUGAAGAACCAUUCGAUGAAAAUAUUCUUACACAGACAAGAAAUCAUGAGAUUGAACGUCUUUCACAAGUCAUCGUGGAAAGCCAACCGAUCAAUGAUGAAAUAGCAGCAACUAUUAUUGAACAACUUGAUCUUGUAAUUGAUGCUGCUGUACCUGUAGAUUCAAUAGUGUUGGAUAGUGUCGAGAGGCUGAGUACACAGGAGGAAGUACCAUUGAUUUCAUCUAUGAUCGCUACACAUCCUUAUCCACCCAUAUAUCAAGAAGGUAUCGUCAGUGAUCAUGACCGUCCCUAUGCAGAUUACGGCCAUUUGAGUCAAGAUUUUAUUGAAUUUGGUUCGUUUAAAUCAACAACAAGACAAACUCAAAUCACAUGGCCUACACAAACAACACCAUGUCCACUAUCAUCAUCAUCAUCAUCAUCACCACCACCACCACCAGCACCAGUACCACCACCACCAACAACAACAACCACUUUGAAGCACGAUGAUCAUACGACUAAUCUACGGCAACAAGCAAAUAAUAGACGUCAAGAAAAAAUAGCAAUUGCAAAACAUGCCAUAGAAUUGGCACGGACAAGUGUCGAUAGUGCCAUGGAUUAUAUUCUGAAGAUGAAACCCAAUGAGUUUCUAACCCAUAGUACCUGGUAUCUCUCUUCAUUCAAUUAUAUUCAUUUACGACAACAACAACGUUAUGAUCAAAAUGAUCCAAAUACAAAAGAAUACGUAUGGCCUCAUUCGUUUCCAGAUUGUACUCCAGCUUUGAGAGAUGCAAUGAAUUAUUGGUUAACGAACCAUUUUGUACGAAGAAAUGGAGCAAAAUGUCUUAUUUUAAUUGGACCAACAUCUGUUGGCAAAACAGCAUUUGCACUAUCAUUACCAGGUCGUGUCAAUUAUUUCCUUGGCCGAUGGCAUUUGGAUGAAUGGAGUGAUUAUGCGCGAUAUUCAGUCUUCGAUGAAAUACCUUGGGAUGACUUUGAUAAAUUGAAUUUUCCAAAUAAAAAAGGUCUUCUCUUACAAAAAGGACGACUCAAAGCUACAGAUAAAUAUCGAGGUACGACGACAAUCAAUGUAACACAACCGGCUAUUGUACUUCUUCAUGAAUAUACCGAUGUUGGAUCAUUAGCCACGAGACCAACAACAAUUCCAGGUUGUGCUGAAGCUAAUUUUUGGAAUAAAAGAGCACUUAUCUAUCGAAUGGGUACAGUCGAAUUAAAAAUAAUUCUAUGUCAGGGUGAAUAUUUCUGCAAACCACCAAAUCGUCGUCAAACUGAUAGUGAUGAAGAUUCAUCAGUUCGUUCCCUUAUUGGUUCGCAAGAAGCGCGUAUUGGUGAACCGAAUGAAUUUGAACAAACGACACGCCAAUGGAAUAGCAAUCAUCAAGCUAUUGAACGAAUAGCUAUGCAUGAAAUAAGUAAACUAUUAGAUGUAGUUGAUGAUGUAAAAAAGCUCAGAAUUUCAUGGUAUUAA